AGUACAAACUACAGAUAGGAUUAAACGGUCAAGGGCUUUUGGGACUAUCUAUUCUUCCCCAGCAAAUUGAAACGCAUUUUCCGUUUGAGCUUAAGAAGAAGAAGAAGGAGGUGACACUUCUCUUUUCUGUUGUGGCACUGGGUACAUCCAGGAACUAUUGAGUGUGGGUGGUGCUUGUUCAAAAGACUGCGAUGCACCGCUUAAGGACUUGUGUGGCACGGCUCCGGCCGAUCACGGCCUCACAAACUGCUAAACAUCUGUCACAGCAGAGGCCAGCAGCCACCCCUAGGACGUUUCAGCCAUUCAGGUGCUACACGGCACCGGUUGCCGCAGAGCCGUUUCUGAACGGAACCAGCUCUAACUAUGUCGAGGAGAUGUACUAUGCAUGGUUGGAGAAUCCCAAGAGUGUGCACAAGUCUUGGGACAUUUUCUUCAGGAAUGCUAAUGCUGGUGCCCCCCCGGGUACAGCCUACCAGAGUCCUCCUCCAAUGGGAGUGAGUCUGGCCGGGCUCCCUCAGGCCCAGUCUCUGGUGGGGGCUCAGCCUAAAGUGGAGAAACUGGUGGAAGACCAUCUGGCAGUCCAGUCCCUCAUCAGGGCCUAUCAGAUACGUGGUCACCAUGUGGCUCAGCUGGACCCUCUGGGGAUUAUGGAUACUGAUCUGGAUUCAUGCAUUCCCAAUGACAUUAUUACAUCAUCGGAUAAACUGGGUUUCUACGGGCUGGAAGAGUCUGAUCUGGAUAAAGUGUUCCACUUGCCCACCACUACCUUCAUCGGGGGCAAUGAGAGCGCUCUGCCCCUCAGGGAGAUCAUCCGCCGCUUAGAGAUGGCAUAUUGCCAGCAUAUAGGGGUUGAGUUCAUGUUCAUCAAUGACCUGGACCAGUGUCAGUGGAUCAGACAGAAGUUUGAGAGGCCUGGAGUGAUGCAGUUCAGCCUGGAGGAGAAGAGGACACUGCUGGCUCGCAUGGUCCGCUCCACCAGGUUUGAGGAGUUCCUGCAGAGGAAAUGGUCCUCUGAGAAGCGCUUUGGGCUGGAGGGAUGUGAGAGUCUGAUCCCAGCGCUCAAAACCAUCAUCGAUAAAUCCAGCGAUAAGGGAGUAGACACGGUCAUCAUGGGAAUGCCUCACAGAGGCCGUCUGAACGUGCUUGCCAAUGUGAUCCGUAAGGAGCUGGAGCAAAUUUUCUGUCAGUUUGACUCUAAACUGGAAGCUGCUGAUGAGGGUACAGGAGAUGUCAAGUACCACUUGGGCAUGUACCACAGGAGGAUAAACCGUGUGACUGACAGGAAUAUUACUUUGUCAUUGAUGGCCAACCCUUCCCAUCUGGAAGCGGUGAACCCGGUGGUGCAGGGCAAGACUAAAGCAGAGCAGUUCUACUGCGGAGACACAGAAGGAAAUCGGGUGAUGUCCAUUUUGAUCCAUGGUGAUGCUGCUUUUGCAGGUCAGGGCAUUGUCUAUGAAACCUUCCAUCUGAGCGAUCUGCCGUCCUACACUACACAUGGCACUGUGCACGUGGUGGUCAACAACCAGAUCGGCUUCACCACAGAUCCUCGUAUGGCGCGCUCCUCUCCGUAUCCUACUGAUGUUGCCCGUGUGGUCAAUGCCCCCAUAUUCCACGUCAACGCAGAUGAUCCCGAAGCUGUGGUGUACGUGUGCAACGUGGCCGCAGAGUGGAGAGCCACCUUCCACAAAGAUGUGGUGGUGGACCUGGUAUGUUACCGCCGUAAUGGCCACAACGAGAUGGAUGAGCCGAUGUUCACCCAGCCACUGAUGUACAAACAGAUCAAGAAGCAGAAGGGAGUUCUGCAGAAAUAUGCAGAGAAGCUCAUCGCCGAAGGUGCCGUCUCACUACAGGAGUAUGAGGAAGAGUUUUCCAAGUAUGACAAAAUCUGUGAGGAAGCUUAUGCUCGCUCUAAGGAUGAGAAGAUCCUCCACAUCAAGCACUGGCUGGACUCCCCCUGGCCAGGUUUUUUCACUCUGGAUGGUCAGCCCAAGAGUAUGAGCUGCCCAUCCACUGGUCUGCCAGAGGAGGAGCUGUCCCACAUCGGACAAGUGGCGUCAUCAGUACCCGUGGAGGACUUCAAAAUUCAUGGAGGUCUGAGUCGUAUUCUGAAGGGCCGUGCUGACAUGAUCAAGAACAGGACCGUGGACUGGGCUCUGGGAGAGUACAUGGCCUUUGGCUCUCUGCUCAAGGAGGGCAUCCAUGUGCGUCUCAGCGGCCAAGAUGUGGAGAGAGGAACCUUCAGUCACCGUCACCAUGUUCUCCAUGACCAGAACGUAGACAAGAGGAUCUGCAUUCCCAUGAACCACGUGUCCCCUAACCAAGCCCCGUACACUGUCUGCAACAGCUCUCUGUCGGAAUACGGAGUACUAGGUUUUGAGUUGGGCUUUGCUAUGGCCAAUCCCAAUGCUCUGGUUCUGUGGGAGGCCCAGUUUGGAGACUUCCAUAACACGGCUCAGUGUAUAAUUGACCAGUUCAUCUGCCCUGGCCAAGCUAAAUGGGUUCGCCAGAACGGCAUUGUCUUACUGCUGCCACAUGGCAUGGAGGGCAUGGGUCCCGAGCACUCCUCUGCCCGUCCAGAGCGCUUCCUGCAGAUGUGCAAUGAUGACCCGGACUUUAGUCCUAAAGCCACUGAUGACUUUGAGGUGCGUCAGCUGUAUGACUGCAACUGGAUCGUCGUAAACUGUUCAAAUCCCGCCAACUAUUUCCAUGUAAUAAGGAGGCAGAUCCUUCUUCCCUUCAGGAAACCCCUUAUUGUCUUCACUCCCAAGUCUCUGCUGCGUCAUCCGGAGGCCAAGUCUAACUUUGACCAGAUGCUACCAGGCACUCAUUUCCAGCGUGUGAUCCCAGAUGAUGGACCGGUCACUCAAAACCCCUCAGAGGUGAAGCGCAUCGUCUUCUGUACAGGAAAGGUCUAUUACGAGCUCACGCGUGAACGCAAAGCACGCAGCAUGGAGGACUCUGUGGCGAUCACUCGCAUUGAGCAGCUCUCUCCUUUCCCGUUCGACCUGGUGAAGGCUGAGACUGAGAAAUAUCCCAAUGCUGACCUGGUCUGGUGUCAAGAGGAGCAUAAGAACCAGGGAUACUACGACUACGUCAAGCCCCGCAUGCGCACCACCAUCAACCGUGCCAAGCCUGUCUGGUAUGCCGGACGUGAUCCUGUCGCCGCCCCGGCCACAGGAAACAAGAACACCCAUCUUCUGGAGCUGAAGCGUUUCCUCGACACUGCCUUCAACCUGGACGCCUUCAAAGACCACGUCUAAACCUGUCCUUCAGUCCACAAAGA